AUGUCAGAGUCGAGCUCAUUCAAGGUUAUCAUCAUUGGGGCUGGCCUGGCAGGUGCUUUGCUUGCCAAUGGACUUCUCAAUAACAAUGUCCCCUUCACAAUUUAUGAGCGAGAGGCAGAGCACUCCAAGCGGGAAGGCUACCAAAUCCGCUUGGGAGACUCCGCUGUAGCCGGUUUCAAAGCUUGUCUACGCGACGAGGAUUUUGAUGCAAUGAUUCAAAAAUUUGGACAGUCCGCCACUUCAGGGGCCGCAGCUCCCUGUGUUUAUACAAGCCAGUUCCAGCCUGUUCUGAACCUCACCAGCUUACCCACGUAUUCGAAGUCCUUUGCGAUCAAUCGGGUAGUCUGUCGCAACUUGCUUCUCAACCCGGUGAGACCAAGUGGAAACAUCCACUUCGAAAAGGUUUUUUCGUCCUAUCAGGUCAUUCAAGACUCUUGUAGUGGCAGGGAGAAAGUAAGGGUUGUCUUUACUGACGGUACAUCCGACGAGUGCGAUGUUUUGAUUGGAGCCGACGGUAGUGGCUCACGGGUCAAUAAAGCACUUGGUCUUAAUAAUCUGGUCAACAUCGACACACAUUGGUGCUUUUUAGCCAAAGGGAGCCUCCCCAAAAACCGAUUGAAAAGGCUUCCCCCUCAGCUUCAGGAAGGGCCGAUUCUAGUGUUCGCGAAAGGGCUCUCUUUCUUCUAUGCCUUUUCAAAUCUCGGAGCUAAUGUGGUUUAUGAAGUAUAUAUGCCCGCAAGACACGACGCGGAUAGAUCUAGCAGCGAUGAAAUAGACUACGACGAGACAGAGGCCUCUUUCUACUGGGGAUUGAAUAUCCCUAAACACCUCUCAACUGAGCACCAGGACUAUGCAGAUAUUCCAAACCGCUUAAAAUUUUGCCUUGACAUCAUUCGAGACUGGGCACCCGAAUUAAAAACAUUGAUCACCACGGGUCAAGAUGAUGUUCUAGCCUCUGAUAUUUACAUCGCUCCCUUAAGAGCCAGUAUCAAGCCCCCAGAAGACUGGCGAGCGCGCCUCCAAGAGAAGAAUCAUACAGGGAAUCAGGAAGAAGGGCACCCUCGUGUCUGGCUUUUGGGGGACGCGAUGCACGCGAUGCAGCCAAACAGGGGCAUGGGUGGAAAUCAAGCAAUGCAUGAUUGUGCCGACAUCCUCCCAUCUCUGCUAGAAUUGAACCGUAUUGCCGCUACUGGAAGGUUACCCACAGGUGAAGAGAUCUCUUCUGCGUGUGGAAAGUAUGAAUCUGCAAUGAUUGAGCGAUCCUUUGCCUGGGUCUCGAAAAGCGGAGGAGCUUCGAUGCCGAACUUGGACUUUGACGGGAUCCUGGGCAAAUUUAUUUCCGUUGCGGGGAAAGUCCUCGUGCCCGUUGUCUCUGCCUUUCUUCGUGUGCCAUUGUUCAGGCCCUCAGAAAAAGAGAAGUCUGAUUGGUAA